AUGGCGCGUCCGCGCGCCGCCGCCGAAAAAAAAGCGCCGACUUCUUCGGACGCCGACGACGACGACGCCGAGCGACCCUCGUCGUCGUCCUCCUCCUCCCCUCACGACGCCGUCGUCACGAAGCAUGCGAUCGUCACGCUCGGGCUGCAUCCCUCCGCGAUGGACGACCCGGAGCGCGGCUCGCGCGAGAUCCUCGACGGGAUGCUCAUGCGGCACCACGACCAGCUCGGCGGCGUCCUCAUGUCCUACGACGACGUCCGCGUGCACCCGCGAUCGCGCACCGCGGGCAUCAUCCAUCUCGCCGGGCACGUCUCCCUGGACGUGGAGACGACCGCGCGCGUGUUCUGCCCGGUCGUCGGGAGCGUUUUAAGGGGAGUCGUGAACAAAGUCGGCGUGGACUUCAUCGGUCUCCUCGUCCUCGGCGUCUUCAACGUCUCCGUGGGCGCGGAUGACAUCAGAGACGGGCUCGUGCACAAUCCCGCCCCCAUCGACGACGAGUGCCCGGGCGGGCGAUGGGAGGAGACGAGCCCGAGCCCGAUCGACCGCGAGCACGUGAUACGCGUCGGGUCGACCGUGCUGUUCACGGUGAAGAGCGUGAGCGAGUUCGACGACGUGUUGCACCUGAUCGGGAGCUUGACGGACGAGGCGCGCACGGGGGAGAUCGGGUACGUGGAAUCCGUCGGCGGCGGCGGUGCGGGCGGCGGGUCGAAGAAAAACGGUCUAUCAUCGAGCGUUAAGAAGGGGAAGAAGGAGAAGAAAGAGAAGAAAGAGAAGAAGGAGAAGAAGGAGAAGAGAGACAGCGCGAAGAAGGAGAAGAAGGAGAAGAGAGAUAAGGGAGAGAAGACGCCAAAGUCCGCCGAGAGGAAGGAGAGCAGGGAAAAGUCCGCGAAGAAGGCUUCGAAAAAGCGAGAGAGGCGCGAGGAGGACGACGACGGCGACGGCGACGGCGACAUCCCCAAGGCGAGCGGCAAGAAGCGGAAGAAGGCGACGAAGCCGGAGCUCUAG